AUGUCGGACGUCGCUGCCCUGGAGGCAGAAGUCAAGGAGUUCAAGCUCCAGCUUGAAACCGUCCAAUCGAGUUUGCAGGUAGACCCAGAAAACACGGAAUUGCAGAGUCUCAAAACUGAGCUGGAAGAACUUAUAAACCUCACCGAAACAUCCAUUGCCGAACUCAAACCUCCCGCGCCUCCCGUGUCUCAGCCGCCGGCGUCCGCGGCCAAGGACAACAGGGCCAAGGACUCUUACGCUUCUCAACCAACAUACCGCAAACCGACGGUCGAACAAACGGAUGAACCGUCAACUCAGACCUCGUUUUCCGUCAACGAGCACGUUCUCGCCCGGUGGGUGUCGGGCGACAACUCGUUUUACCCAGCGCGUAUCACCUCCAUCACCGGCUCUGCGAGCAACCCCGUGUAUCUCGUCUCGUUCAAGUCCUAUGGGACGGUGGAAAAUCUAACCUCCAAAGACAUCAGGCCCAUCUCCGGCAAUGACUCGCGAAAGCGCAAGGCUGAUGCAAGCUCAGGCAAUUCCUCAUCACAAUCUCCGGCGCCGCCGCCGCCCCACUCGAGCGUGAUCUCCGCCGCCGCGGAUAUUAAUCCCGCGUUGGCCAACCAGGCACGUAAGGAGCCGAGCAAGGUGAGCGAUGGGCCGGCGCGCCCGGCCAAGGUGCCCCGGAAGGUGAAGGCUACGCGGGAGCUCGAGGCGGGCAAGAUGAAGUGGAAGGAUUUUGCCAGCAAGGGUAAAUUGGGUCGCAAGGAGAGCAUGUUCCGCACGGGCGAUGGAGUAAAUGCCCGAGUGGGCUUUACUGGCUCUGGCCAGCAGAUGCGCAAAGACCCUGGACGUUCACGACACGUCUACCAGCAGGGCGAAGAGGAAGGCUACUAG